AUGAGACCACCUUUCUUGUUGGUGGUGCUGGUGCUAUCACAAGGGUUGGAUGGCGAACUGGCCGACUACAGCGACUAUGAUUCCAGCGACAUUUAUGGGAUAGAUAACUUUACCAUAGACGAUGGAGAUGUCAAAUCACACUUGCAAAUCCAAGCAACUCUGCAACACUUUCAAGAGUGUCGUGACAAGAAAUGGUCAUGUGAUAGAGAUUGCAGGUUGGAAUUUCGUCAAAAAACCAGCAAAUGUCAGUUACAGUGCCAGCAGCCGUUCCCGCAUGACAAGUGCUUUGGAAUACCUAUAAAUUACAAAUACACACGCGACCAUGAUAUCGGCAGGUUCCCUGUUGAACUGGGUGUUCUGAGCCAUUAUCCCAGAUGCUGGUCGUAUCUUGGUCCAUUGAUAUGCGCAACAAUCUUUCGGCCUUGCUCUCGUCAUCAUUUCAUUGAGAAAGAGGAGAAUGGCAGCAUUAAGAAUGGAACCAUUGAGUUGUGGCAGCUUUUGGGGAGUAGUUUGUGCGAGAAAGCUGUGCAAAUGUGCGAUGAAGUCAUCGCAGCUGGACUAUUUCCAUCUUUUAUACGUUGUAAAGAUGUCAACAACGCGAAUCACACUGGAAUGAAAAGCCGUCCCAUGUAUUCAAACAAUUGCCAGCACAGUAUCGAUGAUUACCCGGUCAAAACUGACGAUGGUACUUGCCCAUGGCCACUGGUAUCGGAAUCAAGCUCAUUACGGAUAGAUUCAACACCUUUGCUGGAUGAUUGUUAUCUUCCUUGCAGGUGCGUUCACGUGUUUUUGACUGAGAAGUAAAA